CUGUGUAGGUAGAAUCUUCUGAUAUGGGCCAAUUUCACUGAUAACAGACUCUCAGUGAAGCUGAUGCUGUUCAGAUGCUUAAGUAAGAUGAAGCCUAGGUAAAGCACUGAUCUUUCUGUGGUGUGCUCCAGCACCGAAUCCUCAGCUCCAUGGCAUGCUCAAGCUUCACCAGGUGCUGCUUCCUGAUCAACAGGGUCAGGAAAAAGAUGGAAGCUGAAGAAGAGGAAGGUUUUUUCCACAAAGAAACAUCAGAAAGAAUGAGGGGCAGCUCUCUACCUCCAUUAUCCUCAGCUCUCUUUGUCUUUGUAGCUGACAGAUGGCAGCACUGCAUUUUUACCAUCUCUGGGACAGUGUCUGAGAAGAAACUGGACAGCUGUAGUGCGAUAGUGCCACCUAAACAGCCAGUCCUAGCAACCAGGUGAUGCACUAGCAACCUGGGAAGAGAUGGUUAUUUCACGAUCACUAGCUACCAACAUCAGCAAGCAUAAUUCAGUUGUAUGGAGCAGAAACAGAGGCAGUUAACCUUUAGCAUGGGAUAGCAUUCAGCAGCAAGUUGUUUGAUCCGAGUGGGAAGCAGAAAGGACUGAGACACACAGAGUGCAGUUCCCUCCACUCCUAGUACAGCACACAAAGAUUCUGAAAGCUGAAGACUGGGCAAAGUCUCUAGACUUGCAUGCAAGUUGCCUACCUUUACCAAAAUGGACUUCUGGACAAUCUUCCAGAGGAAGGGAAAAGGUAAUCCCGUUCUUCUGGCAUACACUGAGCUAUGUGAAGCCACUGAAAUAUCUUCUACUUCACUAAACCUACAGGCACUGCAGUAGUAUAUGCAUCAUCAAGCGCAUACAAAGAAUGAGAGCUCUUUGGAAAAGACAUAUCAUAGUAGAUCCCAGGAAGUGGAAAGUUGUCACAAAGAUAUGCCAGCUUCAAAUUCUGUAUUACAGACAACCGUCAGCUGCAGUGAAGUAAAGCUGCAUGGGUUUGUCAUGAGUAAAAUUUUACAUCAACUCUAAAUGUUUCAAGCCUCAAAGGUUUAAAUGCAUAUAUUCAUGAUCUUCACAGUCUAUUUGCCAUAUCAAAUAGAUUUUGAAUAUUUUAUCAUAUGAACCACUAAAAUGAUUUAGCAUGGUAUUUCAAAGGACAUGUACUUAUUCAUGAAAGUGGAAAAUUUCAACUGUAAGUAUCAAAAUAUUCAGAAGAUUAUGAGCAUGGAAAAUCAAAAGAGCAGAUACAGUUCAGUAACUGCUGCCUCUUUAAAAUGUAGAGAGUUCAGCUUGCUGUGGAAAAAACUCCCAUCCUUUACAAACCUCAGCUUCUUGGAAAUCCCUGCUUACUUCUGCCAGGACUUUACUUGUUCAGCUUCAAAGUAUUUCAACAACACCAUGCAAGACAAAAGCACCACAGAAAUCAUUCUCUUAGGAGCUGCUAACAUUAUAUUUAACACUGAAGUUAUAUACGACGGAAGCACAUCAGCUGAAUUUUCCGUCGCUGGACAAUAAAUUAAAUUUGAAUGGAACUCUCUUGCAAUGACAAAAAAAUUAAAUCAAACUAUUCCACUCUUUCAUUUUCUUGAUUAUUCUCUCAAUAAUUGUGAAUGGAGUUGAUUUUUGGAAAGAAGUUUGAAUGUUUUAAAAAUCAGAAAGUGGUUGAAAUCUCCUGCUGAAAUGAUGCUAAAUGCUUCAACGGCAUCAAAGAGUUAACAUUAAAACCAUGACUAAUUCCUGAUAAAACAAAUCUAAUGAAUAAUAUCUGUUUAAUAUAUCACACGCAGCAGCAGAAAAACCUAGAGUAUCAGUGGUAGCGAUACCCUGGCAAGGCUGAAUAGCAAAUUCAAGAAGUGCAUUUAUUUCUACUAUGUUUAAUUACCAAUUAAUAAAAUAUUAUAGUGAUGAUUCCACACUAUCAAUAAACAGCCUUAGAGACAGUGGGAAUAGUAUGAGUAGUAUCUUUAGAAACAGAGCAGAAGAAUUCACAGAAGGAUCAUCUGACUUUCUGUUGUUUAUCAGGCAAAGCAGGAGGCAUCUACCUGUAGAAGUGAAAAAUUCAUCUGGACAAAGAUGGGCUCAGCUCCCCCCAACCAGCCCAGCGUAGUGCUCACUGCUCUGGAUGCACACAGUGCCUCCCACCCGCUCGCUCCCCCUGGCCUCAGGAAAUGCACACACAGAUGUGUGCGGAGCCUUCCCUUCCCUGCUUAAAGGGGAAACCUUUUCUAAAAGGAGCCCGAAAGCCAAUCUCAGUGCAGCUUCACGGAGAGAAGACAGCCAUUUGAUUGCAGCAUGCUCCGCUGCUGCUUCCCCCCCAAUACACAAGUGUUGCUAAGCUGUAACGUUAUGCGAUGUUCAGCGCUGUCUGUGAGCACACUAACCCUUUGUUCCACGGGGCAGCAGUUGUUGCUAUUGAAAAAGAAGGACUCUAUGCUACAUAGUCUUAGUGACUCGAGAAACACCAGUAAUGUGAACAGCAAACAGCUCUCCUCUCUGAAACAGUUUUUAUCUCUGGCACAGAGAAAGCAAAACCUCAUUAGGCUGGAGUUCUUGUAUUGGUGCAGAUGCUUCUAUCAGCCGAAAAUGGAAGCUUUCACCACAAACUUAAACCUGUCAGACGGACAAGCAUUCAGCAUCAUUUCCAAAGUAACAGUGUGAAAACAUUUUAGUACCACACACAUAUUCUGUACGUGAGGAAUAUCCAUAAGCGAGACCUCUCUGCGUACCACCAGAAAUGCCUUCACCUUCAGUGCUGCCCUGCUGUAUGAUCAGGCACCACAGUUAGUACAAGGAAAAUGUAAAAAAAAAAAAAAAAAAAGCUCUGUGAAAACUGAGAUCCUUGAACCGUAAAGGAAGUGGAGUGUUUAACUCCAGAAGCAUUACACACGACUUGGCCAGCUGAUACUACAAACACGUUUCAAAGCAUCAAAAACAAGGUGCCCUUUAGAAUAGCAUUACUCAUUUCUGUGAGGAACCUUCAAAACUCUGUAAACUUCCUAGGUGUAAGGACAGAAAGGGAAGUGGUUUUUAAUCCCCUCCUUCCCUCACACAGUUAAAUGCAAAUUCCCUCUACAGUCAUAUUCCUGCCAUCUCCCUGCAUACACAGCUGAUACGCCACCUACUGCAAAACCCAGCUGACAGCCCGAGCAAUGCUAGCAGCAUUUCCACUCCAACAUCGUGCCAGAGCUGAAGAAAGGUGCUUUUAAAUAAAAAUCUCUCUCUUUUCAAGCUGACAAGAACAAAGCAAGAUCACUGUGCUUGCUUCGAUAAUGGAGAGAAAAUCAAACAGAAGAGCAAAGGAAUCUGAAGAAAACCACAGCAACUUCGAGGGCUCUGAGCAAGACAAGGACUAUAAAACGUCUCUGAUUACUCUGAAUGUUGGUGGCUAUCUGUACAUCACACAAAAACAAACACUAACCAAGUACCCAGAUUCUUUCCUUGAAGGUAUCAUCAACGGAAAAAUAAUGUGCCCGUUUGAUGCAGAUGGACAUUACUUCAUAGACAGAGAUGGACUCCUGUUCAGACACAUUCUGAACUUCCUACGAAAUGGAGAACUUCUUCUCCCGGAAGGGUUUCGAGAAAAUCAACUUUUGGCACACGAAGCAGAUUUUUUUCAGCUGAAGGUAUUAUCGGAUGCAGUGAAAUCAAGGUGGGAGAAGGAGCAGCUCGCAUCUCGAGAGACCACUUUCCUGGAAAUAACUGACAGCCACGACCGUUCGCAGGGGCUCCGGAUCUUUUGUAACGCUCCUGAUUUCAUAGCAAAAAUAAAAUCCCGAAUCGUACUGGUGUCCAAAAGCAGGCUGGAUGGAUUUCCAGAGGAGUUUUCGGUCUCUUCAAAUAUAAUUCAAUUCAAAUACUUCAUAAAGUCUGAAAAUGGUACACGACUUGUGCUGAAGGAGGACAACACCUUCGUCUGCACCCUGGAAACUCUUAAGUUUGAGGCAAUUAUGAUGGCUUUAAAAUGCGGAUUCAGACUGCUGACCAGCCUGGAUUGCUCCAAAGGGUCUAUUGUUCACAGCGAUGCACUUCAUUUUAUCAAGUAAUUACAAAGGCAGAGGAAACAAGCACGCAGCCGGCAGACCUCCUUUAACGGCAGCAUCCUGGCAUCACAGAUCUCGUAUCUAACUAGCCUUGUACCACAGAGCUCGGCUGCUAAUCAGUUAAUGUGAGCUAAUGGUAUGUAAAUCUCGUAACGACAUCCAUCUCCGGCUUAUUUGAGCUGAAUGACGUUUUUAUUAAAUUCAGGCAUAAAAAUUAUCUGCUAACCACUGUAAACAGAGAUUGAAUGCUUUCUGGUAUUUGUACUAUGUUUUUUUCAUGCUGUCUUUCAACCGGGAAGUCUCGCUGAAUUUUUGUGUACUUGUGUGACUAACACGCAUACACCUAACUGCUCUGCCGAGCAGCAGUGAGAGUAUUUUCAUACAACAGGCAGGCUUACAGUAUGUUCUGCUCACAAUGAAUUCAAAAUGGAUUUUAACUGGAAUAAAUGAUUUUAAAUGUUC